UAUUUUAUCGUCAGGUCCAAAUCAUAAGCGAUUCUGACACGCUUGUUUUCAGGUAUUAAAAUUGUUCCCAUAUAUCAAAUAUCAUGACAGCAAAAAUCAAGAACAAAAAAAUCUAAUAUUCCUAACCAACGCAGAGAAGAUCCUGUCGAACCGGCUGAUUUAUUUUAGCUUUACAUCGAGAGGGAGCGAAUUUCGUUCGGCACUGAGGACGAGGUUACUCACGGCUUUGCGGGGGGAGAAAAGUUUUUAAUUUGUAAAAAUUUACAAUUUUUUCCUUUUGAAAAUGUUUUUAAUACUUUCAAUUAAAUGCGUUUUUUCUUGUUUUUAGUUAUUAUUUUCCAAAAUUUAGUAUUAUCAGAUAUUAGCAUGGAAUUGGUAUGAAUUGGUUUGUGAUCCGAUUUACCCCCGUCAUCUACUUAUUUUUGAACUUGAAUUGUCGGAGACUUGGUCACGAUUUUAAAAAUUGUGUUGUUCUUUUGCACGCAGCUCGCAAAAAAACAUCAACAUAUAGUAAUCACUGCUACAAGAAAAUAUUGUUUCACUGACGGACUCUGGACCAGGUUCCUUACGAAGACCAAUGACUGCAAGUAUUGUUUAUAUCGAAAAAAUUGCUGGUGCAGCGAUACUGUUUACUGUUACAUUGGCAUUUACGAUCCUUCCAGCCAGGCUAAAAAAUGUUCAGGAAAAGACGUUAAAAAGCAUAAGCUGUUUUUGUGGAGGGCUAUUUUUGGGACUAUGUUUCCUUCACCUUAUACCAGACAGCUUGAGAGGUUUUCGAAAUGUUCCAAGUUUACUGAAAUUGCAGUCUUCAUAUCCAAUGGCUGAAUUUACCAUAUGUGUUGGUAUGAUCAUUGUGAUGACUGCAGAAAAGCUUGCAAAUGUUAUACAACAACAUCAAAAAAAUGAAAAGAAAAAAUGCAGUGCAAGUAAAGACUGUUGCAAGGAGUCAUGUCCAAGAAGAGACGAUGAAAGGACACCUUUAGUGCAAAACAUAAGCAUAUCAUACAUGGCAAGUGGGGAGCAUGUAGCUACUGAUUCUGAAAUAUAUGAGGACAUUGACCAAUCCAGUAUUCUUAUAUUUAACGAAGAAAAUGUCGAAGGUGUCUUUAUUGUGGAAAACAAUGCUAAAGCUGAUGAGCAGAUACUCAAAGAAAAUAAAGAAACCGGUAUUGCACAAUCUAUGAAAUCUGUAUCAUCUGUCAAAAGUACAGUGGAAAGUAGAAAGCGUACAAUACGAACUUUUUGUCUUAUCAUUGCGCUAAUGAUACAUUCAGUUUUCGAAGGUUUAACUGUUGGCUUGCAAAGUACAACAUUGGGUUUAGUUACUUUGGUAUCACUUUUGUCUUUUCAUAAAUGCAUCAUUGGUUUUUCUCUUGGUUUAUCUAUUGUUAAUGCAAAACAGAAAAAGUUUUCUUCUCACCUUAAACAAGCCACUUUGUUUGCAGUUGCAUCUCCAGUUGGAAUCUUGUUUGGCCUCAUCAUAUUGAGUUCAAAGCUGGCUCUCUUUAAUGGGGAAGCUGUUGUUUUUUUAACAUCCUUAGCAACUGGAACAUUCUUGUUUAUUACAUUUUUUGAAAUACUAGCAAAGGAUUUGAAUGGUAACACAGUUCGGGACCUUGUAAACUUUGCGCUUUUUUUGGUGGGAUUUGCAGCAUUUGCUGGCAUUACGUCCAUUCAUGUAAUGCAGGUGUAGAAAUCCAAAAAUAUAUGUUUUAAAUUUUAGUUUCAGUUUUCAGUUAGUUUAUUUUCAUAUAUAUUUAGUAUGUUAAGGAAAGUUGCCAGUUCUAUACAUGUUUCAGUAUAAAUUACGAAUACUAUACCUGCAAUAUAUGUGAUACCUUGCCAUCUGUUGUGUAUGAAUUCAAAGGAAUUGAGUUGCUUAUAACAUGUUUAUUACCACUACGUUUUUUGCAGCAUUAUGGCAAGGGUCUUCGUAAAUAAAUAGUGUUGUUGCAAACUGACCAAUUUUUUACUUUAAUAAAUGUGAACAUCUCUGUGGCAAAUAUAAAAACCAUGAAGAUUCCUUUUGCUUUUUUCGGUAUGGCAGAAAUAUCACAUUUAUAAAUUCUGCUGUGUUGACUGAUGAAAAACAUUGUAUUUGUGAUAAAAUGUAAGCAGUGAAAAGUUUGUGAUGCUGUAAAUAUUUUUAACUAAUUUCAAUUGGUUUCAUAAAAUAGUUACAUUAAUAUAAUUGAAAUCUCCAAUAAUCACAAUUAUAAGUUCUUAAGGUUACUGUUUUUUUUUUAGGUUUUUUGCAAAAAAUUUAUGACGUAUAGAAAAAAAAUCUCUUUCGAAUGACAUAUUUUAUAUUCCAUGAAAAUAUUUGGAACAUCCCUUUUUUCUGGAAAAAGCCUUCUCAGUGGUGUUAUAUCCUUCACACCUGCAAGAAAAUAUGUGCAAAAUGAGUUGAGCAUAUUUUUUGUAAACAUUAUAUAUGAUAUGGAAAUGUAUAUAUCUAUGUUCACACUUCCAUCAUCUUUCUGCAUACUCAUUUCACACAUUUUUAUAACACCUACGAAAAUCUUUAAAAACAAAUAUCUUGUUAGUAAUUUUUUGCAUACAUGCCUUUACGUUUGUGGUCUCUUUUUCCAAAAGCUUCCUAUUGGCUCAUUGAAAUUUUUGGUAAUGAAAAGCUGAAUAAAUUAUGCAUAAAUUCCUGCAUUUUUUUGUAUAAAUUACUGAUUAGCGAAUUAUGACAACAGAAAGAAAAAAAUAUGCAUUUUUUUGAAUGAUUAUUUAUAAUUACAAAUAAUUUUAUAACGGCGUUGUUACAAAAAAAAACCGGGAACCUUUUUUAAUAUAAUUUAUGCUGAAUGUAAUAGUUCAAAAAACGAGAAGUCUGCGACCACGCUUUCGGAAAAAGAAGCCAUUUUAAAACGUACGGUGAAAAAACAAUGGUGUGUGUUUAAUUCGUUAUAUUUACUUUUUGGAAAAUUAACAUCUCACUAAAAUAACACCAUCAAAAAAGUCUUUCAUCAAACAUUCAGAACCAAAAAAAAUAAAAAUAAAAUAUAAAAUUAUUGAUAAAUUAUAAGGGUUUUUCUGAGACUACUCCACAAGUGAGUUUUUUCCUUUACAGUAACCUUAAGAAGAGUUUGGAAAUUUUAUUUCCGUAAAAUUUUGACCUUAUAAUGUAGUGUUGCUAUGUUAUUUGUUGUUUUUGUUAUUACCAAUAAAAUAUUGCUAUCUUUGGUCUUAAUUUUUAACCGUUUUUUAUAUGAUAUUUUAGAUUAUUUUUGUCCUAUUAAAAAGUUUGUUCUAAUUUUUUGGUCUGAUGCCUAUGAGUUUGGUCACCAGUAACUAAUUUUUACUUUAUAUAUUUACAAUGAUAUUAAUUAUUUUAUAUUUAAUAGAAUUACCCUGGGUUGUUUUUUGGAGCUAUGUGUAUUUAUUGAUUUACUAUGAAUUUUUUCAUUUUUCAGCGAUUACAUUUUGGUAACUUAAUUAUAUGUCUGAUUUACAGAUCAGUUAAAAAGCAAAAAUUUUCUUGUUUAUUUUUAGACUAUAUUCAACGAUUAAUUUGAGUUUUCAUUAAUUUUUUUGUAUGGUAUAGUUUUGUACUCUUCUAUGCUGUAGUCAGGCCGUAAGAACUAAGUAAGUUGCAACAAUUAUAUUCUUUAUUAUCAUCCUUUCCAUGUUGCAGCAGACACUAACCAUGCAAUCAUAACGAUUUUCCUUUGUUUUAACUUUUGCCAGCUUUGUUUGUUUACAAGCACUGGAAUAAAAAGCACAACACAUUUUAUUACAAAAAUAAUUGUGAAUCUAUUAGAAUUACCACAAAUAUUGCCCAUGUUCUGUACGUAACAAAUUUUUUAGUGGUAUACAGACUACAUACCUGGUCGAAAAAUAUCCAACUGAAAAAAAUUAUAAUUUUUUGAUUUAUAUAUAUAUAUAUGUCAGUUACUUUAAAUUUUUAAAAUGUUUUUAUGGAAUUGAGUUUCAAAAGUUUAAUGUUAAUCUGAAAGUUAUUAGCUAUCUGACAUAAUAUAACAUAAUAUUUUUAGGAGGUGAGGUAUCUAUCGUGUACCUGUAUGUUGUAACAUUUGUGAUGUAAAGAAGUUAAGAUUGUGGUUUUAUUUAAUGAAUCAAAGUUAAUCAAACUCUUGGUUAGCUAGCUAAACUGCUAGAAUGUUUUUUUUAAUAUUUUAGUAUAAGUGUUUAUCUUGAUAUGUGAAUAAAUUUUGAGAUUUGGUGUUGGUUGAAUUUGUGUCUUGUUGGAGAAAAGUAAUAAAGUUUUUAACUGAGCAACCCUCAGAGUGCUCAAUGAAGCAUUAUUGAUCAUAUUUUUUUUGUUCAUAAUUUGAUUGUAUUUUACCAUAAUUAAUGUUAAUUUUUGUUUCCUUCUUCAGGAAAUUUUAUGUAUUGUAAAAAUUUCAACCGUAGAAAUUGUACAAGUAUCAGAAAUUUGUACAAAAUAUAUAAUCUAUCUUUAUCAA